GCAACCUUAAUACUAUUCCCUGAGAUUUAGAUAUGUCUAUGUAACUAGCAAGCAGGUCACGAGUCUGUUCAUCAUCUGCUGAAGAUGGAUCAAUAUGGGAGAUAUGAAAGUAGUGGUCAGCCAGAAGAGCUUUUUGAUCCCUCACUGCAUUGGAGGCAGGUCAAAGAGGAAGCUGAUGAACUCCAGAUUUCAACUGUGCCAUUAAGAGUUGAAACAUUCCAGGUUUGUCAAAAUGAGGACCCGGAUGAACAAGAUACCUCCUUUGAUCCACUUUCAGUCAUCCAUCGAGUCACAGAGCAAGAGUGUGGACAUAAAAGCAUGACUUACCUCAAAGUAAGGGUGCUGCCUUCUCUAGUCCCAGUCAAAGAGGAGUCUGAAGAAUGCUCCCUUCUGCCAGUAGAUGAAGAGAAAGUUGCCUUAAUUACAGUUAAGGAAGAAGAGAAUGAAGACUGGUUGAAGUCAGAAGAUGAGGAUGUUAUGAAAGUGCCAGUGCCUUGGGAACCAUUGGAAACAUCAUCAUCAUCAUGCUCAGAUACAGAGGAUACAGAGGACAGUGAGAUGGAAAGUGAUAAUGUGCAGGACUGUGAAAACAAUGAGCAUGAUGAUUCAGGAGCAUUGAAGAUUGAAAAUUGCAGCAAGACAUCAUUGGAUCCAGAGAUGACACGAGAUACAGAUGAGAAAGCUAAUGCUGCUGAUUUGAGUGACUCUAAAAAGGGGUCCUUCUACCCAUGCCCUCAUUGUACGCUCGGUUUCACCAUAGAACGCUUUUUUCACGGGCAUCUCAAGAGGGCCCACCCUGAAGAGUACAUCACUCUGCUAAAGUUUCGGAAAAUCAUAGCAACACAAGCCACGUGUCCACAAUGUGGCAAGAGCUUCUCCAAUAAAUAUGUUAUGAAAACACAUCAGAAGAGUCACACAGGAGAGAAACCAUAUCACUGUGCAGACUGUGGGAAUAACUACGUCUUCGCUGAUUCACUCAAAAAACACAGAUGUGGGAAAGGAUUACGAAGACAAACCCAUCUGACCAGCUAUGAAAUGAUCCCCACAGUAGAGAGACCAUAUACAUGCGUUCAGUGUGGAAAAGGAUACAGAUUUCAAACCCAACUGACUAGCCAUGAAAAGAGCCACACAGGAGAGAGACCAUAUAAAUGCUCUCAGUGUGGAAAAGAAUACAGAAGACCAGCCCAUCUAAAAAGACAUCAAAUGACCCACACUGAAGAGAGGCCAUUUGAUUGCCUCAGGUGUAAGAAGUCAUUCUACCGGCCGGAAACUCUAAAAGCACACCAGAAAACCCAUACAGGAGAAAAGCCUUAUCGGUGCUCUCUGUGUGACAAAUGUUUUGGCUUUUCCAGAGACCUUAAGAGACAUCAGUUGACACAUACAAGGGAGACCCACACUGGACAGAGGUCCUAUGAUGUCCACGGGUGUAAGAAGUCCUCCGGCCAGCUGGAAAUUCUCAAUGCACACCAGAAAACACACAAAGUAGAAAAGCCUAAGCCUUAUCAGUGCUCUCAGUGUGACAAAUGUUUUGGCUUUUCCAGAGAUCUUAGAAGACAUCAGUUGACACAUACAGGGGAGAAACCGUUCAGUUGCCCCCAAUGUGAAAAAUGUUUCGGUAGGAAAUGGGAAUUGACGUACCACCAACGGACACACAGCGGAGAGAGGCCUUACCACUGCUCUGAGUGUGGACAGAGCUUUAGCCUAAGGGGGAACUUUAAACGCCACCAGCAGAGCCACACAGGGAAGAAGACGUUUCACUGCACUCAGUGUGACAAGAGUUUCUUCAGAGCGGCUCACCUGAAAACCCAUCUCCUCAUUCACAAUAGAACCAAAACAGUGGUCUGCUCUAACUGUGGGAAAGGGUUCAACCAUGAUGGGAACUUAAAACGUCACCAACGAUUCUGUAUGAAGACAGAGCAAAAUUGUAAUGCACCCCCAUCUGUAGAAGUACAGAUAUGAUAUAAUAAUGUAAUACAAUGCCAUCUAAUUAUAAGUCUGUUCUUCUUGGUACAUUUAUCUCUAGUUCAAAAUCAUUCAAGAGACAGGCCUUUUUGUUCUCUGACGACUGUAGGGGAGUAGGAUUCGCUUUCAUGUAUGUCCAUUAGGUGGCAGUAAAAUAGGAAAGUAUUUUUACAUCUAGUGGUACUUUUUACUUUUCGAUAUUCUGUAUGUGCAACCGCAAUAAUAUUAGCUGACCCUCCGAUACUCCUGAAAAUCAUCCAUGUAACUAGCUAAAGGUAAAUAUAUUUCUGAAUAUAUAUAUAUAUGAGCUUUAUAAAGCCAUUUGAGGACAAAUUGGGUGUGUAGCUGACUAUACAAGUCUUAUGUUGUGCCAGAUAGAAUACAUUAGGGCUAUUCCACAUAGUGUUACUAGUUGUUUCAAAUAAGGUGCUAGUACGGUAUAACAAAAGAGUGUAGCUAGCUAUGUAUGUUUGAAACUGUUUAAAGACCCAUGUGGACCAACAUGUGAAGUUCAUACGAGCAUCAAGUUGGGUGUCAAAUAAAAGCUAAGACUGUCUGUUUGUCUGUGUGUUCUGUUAUAAUAAAAUGUAGCUGCGA